AUGUAUAAAUUAUUUGUUGGAAGAAAGAAGAAAGGCUCAAAACAUGAUUCAACGAUUCAAAUUUAUCAUCAUAUUGAGUUUCGAUUAAAUGAUAUUAUUGAUGUUUUCUAUCCAAUUUUUGGUCAAUAUUAUCGUUACGAGGAUUUAGUCAAUAUGAUUUAUUCAGUUCCGCAUAUUUUUUGUGCAUAUGAUAUAAGACAAGGUCUGUGCGUUGGUUGUGCAUUGGUCGAUAAUGUUAGCAACAGUGGAGGUCUCUAUCUAAUGCUAUUCGGUGUGCAUGAAUCAUAUCAAGGUCACGGCGUAGGUACAAAGCUAUUAAAAAAUAUUAUUCGAUGGGCAUAUAGAACAGGACAUGCGUUUAUACAUUUACAUGUACAUGUACUAAAUCAUAAAGCAAUGGGCUUAUAUGAAAAAGUUGGUUUUAAAAAGUAUGAGUAUUUACCAAAUUAUUAUGGUAAUUUACCGAAACGUCCACCACAUGCUUUUCGAAUGGUUUUACCAUUAUGA